CCGGAUCUGGGGCAGAUUCCGAUCUGGUUUCGCUAUGACCGGGAGGGACCGGGAGCUGCUCCCGACCCUGGACCUGAUCGGGAUCGCCGUGCUCCUGUUCCCGGGCGGAGCGGCGCUGGACAUUUGGCUGGCGCCUAGUUUCCGGGGCUUCGUUGGCGACAGCGUGGAGCUGGCUUGUACCUUCAGGUCAUCGGCCCCGGUCAGUGAGCGCCUGACGGUGGACUGGUCCUACCGAGGCCCGGGCUCUGGGGGGAAACAUGCGAUUCUCCACUAUCAGUCUGAAGUCUUUCCUGCUCACAGUGGCCCCUUCAAGGAUCGAGUCCUGUGGAACGGGGAUGUUACAAAAGGAAACGCUUCCAUCAUCCUGAAGAAUUUAACACAGAGUGACAAUGGGACGUUCAGUUGUGUGGUACAGAACCCACCAGAUCUAAGCAGUGAGAUGCCAAGCACUGUCCUCACUGUCACUGAGAAGGAGCCCCCAUUCCGCCUCAGUGUGACCGUCAUUCUGGUUCUGCUGGUGGUGAUUCCAUCUCUGCUGGUCGUCACAGUGCACCUGCUGUGGAUGGGCAAGAGGUUUGGGUUCUAUGGAGUCAGUUCCAAAAACAGAUCGAUAGAGCUCCUUGAGGGGCAGGUAACCAGCUUCCUCGGAUAGGAUACAUGAUUCUGACCUUCUGCCCUGUGAGUAAAUGAGCAAGUUCCACAGCUGUAAGUUGAUCAUGUUCGAUCUUCAUUCUCCUCUUGACUUUUGAGAAUUUAGUCCUGUAUUUCUGAGAACUUAGAACUGUGAUGGUUUGGCAAGAUUAGCCUAAUUUGCCAUCCAAACAUGAUUUCUGCUGGUGAUAAUAAGCUUAUAUCCAGAGAUUUAGCUCUUAGGUGUAAUAAAACAAUGAGAAGAUUUUAUUUGAUUUAUUUAUUUUAUUUUAAUUUAUUUAAUUUGUUUUAUUGUUCUGCAUUUCUCAAUGAAUGUUUUUAAAUGCCGAUCCAUUUGCUCAGUGAGACUGCUGGACCUGGGAUAAUGUGGUGAGCUGCCAUAGGGUUAUGCCCCUUUGACACACGUUCCUAAAAUGCUUUGUUACAAAUUGUGCUUCAUUAUCAGGUAUGAUCUUCACAGUUAUACAGAAUAUUGCAGUCAUUGUGUCUGCCAUGAACACACUUAGUCUGUCCUUUAACUGUUUGAUAAUUGGAAAUUUAACAAAAUAGUGACUAGGAGAAGUUGUUAAUGCAUGGCGAAUAAAUCUGUUGCAAUUUUGGCAUGAGGGACUGAGGGAUCCUCACAAGGACGCAGAGAUUACUUGUGUCACUGUGCAGAGGGACAGAGGAAUGUCUUGCACAUCCUCACUGUCUUCUCAAUGUCAUUGGUGAUCUAUGGGCAACUCACAGUGUACUGUGCCAGGCUGAUAUAACUGUGACAGUAUUGUCCCAGUGAAGAGCUUUGGGUACAAACUUUUGUUAUUCUUUCGAAAAUUAUCCUUCUUGAGCUAUCUGUUUCAUCUGUGACCAAGAGCACCAGAGAACGUGUAGCAUCUCUUGUUUCAUGUCAGGGCAACCUUUCUUUGCAGUGAAUGAAACAGACCACAUUUCUAACAUGACUUGCUUGCUUUCUGUGUCUUGUACCAAUACCGGUAAAUGCAC